UUUGGGGCUGCAUCCCUAAGAGCCAGGGCUUUGGCCCCUUUCUGCCCACCACUACUAUACCCAUAACAUUGUUAUCCCAUUCCCAUGAGUCUCACACUUUGGGAUGAUGAAGACCUGGCAAUUCUAGACACGGCUAUCAACAAAAGUCUUGCAUAAAUAUUUGGUAGCUUUGUCUAGUUACUAAUUAAUAGUAUGCAAGACUGAUUAUAAGACUGAGCAUCCCUUUCUGUACGCUUGUUCAUUCUUUCACCAUGGGGAGGCAUUUACUCUGUUAUGCUCUGCUGGCACUGAUCCCUGCUUUAGGAUCCUCUGAUUUUAUAAUAUCCAAUAUCAAGAAUAUCAAGAAAAGAGAUGCUGCCGAUGUUAACGUUGAUGGCAUCGAUAUCCACAGCAUGAAAAUCGAUUGCAAGAUCACAUCCCGGUUUGCACAUACCAUCAUCACGAGUCAAGCUGUCAAUCGUGCCAAUGUGUCCAAGGAAGCCUUGUUUGAUGUGGAACUCCCAAAGACGGCCUUCAUCACCAACUUUGUCAUGACGAUUGAUGGUGUCAGCUAUCCGGGAAUUAUAAAGGAGAAAGAAGCUGCCCAACAGCAGUAUCAAAAGGCUGUUUCGAGAGGACAGACGGCAGGUCUAGUAAAGGCCUCUGGGAGAAAAACGGAAAAAUUCAGCGUUUCAGUCAACAUUGCAGCAGCCAAGAAUGUCACUUUUGAGCUGAACUAUGAGGAACUGUUGAAGCGAAGCUUUGGAAAGUAUGAGUUGCUCAUAAAAGUAAACCCAAAGCAGCUUGUCAAGCAGUUUGAGAUUGAGGCAAACAUCUUUGAACCCCAGGGUAUCAGCUAUUUAGACGCUGAGGCAUCAUUCAUCACCAAUGACUUGUUACCAGUCAUGCAGAAAUCAUUCUCAGGAAAAAAGGGUCGUGUGGUUUUCAAGCCAACUCUGGACCAACAACGAUCCUGUGCAGAUUGUCCAACGACAUUGUUGAAUGGAGAUUUUGUCAUUAAAUAUGAUGUGAACAGAGAGACCCCAGGGAACAUACAGAUUGUCAAUGGAUACUUUGUGCACUUCUUUGCACCAAAAAACAUUACACGUCUAUCUAAGAACAUUGUUUUUAUAAUCGACGUCAGUAUCUCAAUGUCUGGACGAAAACUAGAGCAGACAAAGCAAGCACUGCUAAAAAUUUUGGAAGAUAUAAAAGAAGACGACUACUUGAAUUUUGUGUUGUUUGGCAGUGAUGUACACAAAUGGAAAGAUACCUUAAUCCAAGCCACUCCUGAGAACCUGGAAGAAGCAAGGCGUUAUGUUCGAGACAUUAACAUAGCUGGAUGGACAAAUCUUAAUGGCGGCUUGCUGGCUGGGAUUGAAAUGCUGAAUGAGGCUCAGAGGAGUGGUACCCUACCAGAGAGAAGUGCCUCCUUAAUUAUCAUGUUAACAGACGGCAGGCCCACUAAAGGAGAAACAAACACCCAAACUAUUAUUGAUAAUGUCAGAAAUGCAAUUCAAGGAAAAUACCCACUAUACAACCUUGGGUUUGGUUAUGAUCUUGACUAUGCGUCCUUAGAAAAGAUGGCAGCUGAAAACAAUGGACUGGCACGUCGUAUCUAUGAAGAUUCUGAUUCAGACCUACAGUUACAGGGUUUCUAUGAUGAGGUGGCCAAUCCCUUACUUACAGAGGUGGAGUUAAAGUACCCUGAAAAUGCCAUCUCAGACCUGACUCAAAAUAAUUUUAAGCACUACUAUGAUGGUUCUGAGAUCGUUGUGGCUGGACGUAUCACAGACAAUGACCUCAACAGUAUUACUGCAGAGGUGACUGCUCAUGGGGCAGAAGAUGACAUGAUCUUUGCUGAACAAGCAGAUGUUGAAGAAACAACUAAAGCUCUUGAAGAGAGGGAGUACAUAUUUGGAGACUUCAUUAGGAGGCUCUGGGCUUAUCUCACCAUCCACCAGCUUCUGGAGAAACGCAAUGCAGCAAAGGGAGAGGAAAAGGCAAACCUUACUGCUAAAGCCCUGGAAAUGUCUCUGCAAUACAAGUUUGUGACCCCUUUGACAUCCAUGGUAGUCACAAAGCCAGAAGACAAUGAAGAUAAGACAGCACUUGCUGACAAACCUCUGGAAGCUGAGGCUACCCGGCAAUCAUCACAAUCUGUUGUCCCAUCAUAUAGCGUCCCAGCAACAUCUCACAGGUAUACCAGUGUCGAUGGAGAUCCACACUUUAUAAUUGAUGUGCCCCAAAAAGAAGAUGCUCUUUGUUUUAACAUUAAUGAAGACCCUGGUGUAGUCUUAAAUCUAAUUAGAGACCCAACCACAGGAAUUAUUGUGAAUGGACAACUUAUUGGAGAUGUGACAACUGAUAAUGAUGCAGGGUUACAUAAUACCUAUAUAGGAAGACUUGGGAUUAUAAAUACACAACUGAAUUUAACACUGGAAGUAACUCCUGAGAAAAUUGUUCUCCACAACGGCACAAAGCAGAAGACAUUCAUGUGGCUGGAUGAAGUCAUCUUACUACAUCCAAGCUUGACUUUGAAAAUCAUCCGAAAAAAGAGUUUGGAAGUAUCAUUGGGCGAGGGAGCAACAUUUGAAGUGGUUUUGCACAAGAAGUGGAAGAAGCAUCUCAGCCAUGCAGAUUUUCUUGGAUUCUACAUCAUGGACAGUCACAGGCUAUCUGAAAAUACACAUGGUUUAUUAGGGCAGUUCCUCCACCCGAUUGACUUUAACAUACUUGAAGUCCAUCCUGGAUCUGACCCUGAGAAACCAGAUGCUACCAUGAUUGUGAAAAACAACCAGCUGACAGUAACCAGGGGAUGGCAGAAAGAUUACACAGAAGAUACAAAACGUGGUACAAAUGUCCCUUGUUGGUUUAUUCACAACAAUGCAGAAGGGCUAAUUGAUGGCACCUAUACUGACUAUGUAGUUCCUAGCCUGUUUUAGCACAAGAUGCCCUCAUUUUUGGCUAUGAUGCUUUGGAAUAACAGAAUAUAUAUAUAUCUAUUUCAUGCCACUGAUGUAGACUAAAACUGUAAUUGUAGAUUACUUUGAAAUGGUUCUACUUUCAUGUAACACUGUUAUCCUAAUGCCUACAAAAUCACAAGUAGAUGGAACUUGUAUUCUAUAAAACCCGGGGCUCUUUUUUCCGCAUGUUUUCCACAUUAAUUGCAGGACAAUUACCGUUUUUAAGAAAAUUAACUUUGAUAAGGUUUCUUCUCUGGGGAUUAAAUUAAACCAUUAUUUGCAUAAUUUAAAAGUAGCAAAGCUAGCAAGAGGUUCAAUAUAAAAUAAAACUGCCAAAGCAGAGCAUCUUAUCUAGUAAUUACAACUGCAAUUAAACCUACACUUUCAAGCUC